AAGCGCAGCGGCCUCUCCUCGUAUAACCAGACCACCCACCACCUUCCGUCCUUCCCAUUUCGGUUUGAGUUUCAAAUCUCUCUGUCUCACGCGCAACGUUAGUGCCGCCCCCCUGCGAAACCCUAACCCUAGCCACCACCAGCGCGCUCCCUCACUCGAUCCUCAUGUCCGAUUCCGAAGCAUCCCCGACGCCCGCGGCUGCGGUUGCGGCAGCGGAGGCGGCGACGGGCGAGAACUCCCCGUCUCCGGCGAGGAGUGAGGAGCUGCUGCCGGUGGCGGAGAAGAUCUCGGAAUUAAAUGAAUCACAGUCAGAGCUUUUGGGAAGACUUCGAGGUCUUAAGGAGGAUUUGCAGAGCUGGAGAAGCAAUUUAGACACCCAAGUGCAGAAAUACAAAACAGAAAUCUCCGAUAUCAAAACUGCACUUAAUAGUGAAAUAGACCAGCUGAAAUCAGAUUUCCAAGAACUGAGGACCACCCUUAAGAAGCAACAGGAAGAUGUGACUAUUAGCUUGAAGAAUUUGGGGCUAGAAGAUGCUACCGAAACUGAUGGGAACAAAGGAACUGGAGAGGAAAAUACAAGUGAGGGUGCAUUAGCAAACAUGGGGGACCUGAAACUAGAAGAUUCUACCGAAACUGAUGGGAACAAAGGAAGUGUGGAGGAAAAUACAAGUGAGGGUGCAUUAGCAAACAUGGGGGACCUGAAAUUGGAGGAUAAUCCAGAAAAUAAUGAUGAAGGCAGUGGGGUUGAGGAGGAAAAGAAUCAGGAGGCCCCUGAAGAAGAUGGCAUGGCGGGCAUAGAAGGUACGAAGACGGAAGAUGACAUGGCGGGCAUAGAAGGUACCAAGACGGAAGAUGACACGGCGGGCAAAGAAGGUACCAAGACGGAAGAUGACACGGUGGGCAAAGAAGGUACGAAGACGGAAGAUGACAUGGCGGGCAUAGAAGGUACCAAGACGGAAGAUGACAUGGCGGGCAUAGAAGGUACCAAGACGGAAGAUGACACGGCGGGCAAAGAAGAUACCAAGACGGAAGAUGACAUGGCGGGCAUAGAAGGUACGAAGACGGAAGAUGACAUGGCGGGCAUAGAAGGUACCAAGACGGAAGAUGACACGGUGGGCAUAGAAGGUACCAAGACGGAAGAUGAGACGGUGGGCAUAGAAGGUACCAAGACGGAGAAUCCGAGCAACGAAUAAAUCAGUGCAUGAACGGAGAGUAGAAAUGGCGUCACUUCUUUGGUGGCCCCGCAGUAGAAACUUAAAGAGCAGUGGUAGAUCGGUUCCUCUACAAGGGAGGCCCAUGCUCUGUGUGAUCAUCUGGUCGUGUAGCGUGGUCUUUCUCGAACGCUGCUGCAACGAGUGGGCUCCAGCACUCGGGAAUUGUUGCAACCUCUUUAACUACCUUAUUAAUGUAAGAGUGUCCGCAUGAAAAUUUCACCGUUUUUGCUUGA